GUCAUUAAACGUAUCGCAGUGUAAAAUUGUACGGAUUUUCCAACUCUACUAACGAAUUGUGCCGGUAACAUUCACUUUUUUGCAGCCUGCAUAAUGUGAUGAGUUAUCCCCGAGAUCAUGUGCUGACUUCUCACUGCUGUUUUGGUACGAAGAAAGUGGGAUUUUGAAGCUGGGACGACACGAUAAAAGUGUGAUAUUGGUGAGAUUUUCCAAAGCUACGGGACGUUCACGCACGGGUUGCUUUUCAGCGGGGACUCGCCACCACACCCAGUGAAUUUUUGACGGUACUCUCUUGUUGGCGAAACUCGCUUCAGCUCAACACUGACCGCGGUUAAUUGCACGCCCCGGGCGAGGGGGGACUUAUGUUAUGGAGUUAGAAAAUAUUGUGGCCAACACCGUUUAUUUGAAAGCACGUGAAGGUGGAGGCGGUAAACGGAAGGGGAGGAGCAAGAAGUGGAAGCAGUUACUCAAGUUCCCUCAUAUUACAUUGUGCCAAGAACUCAGGGAAACUAUAGAUAGAAAUUUUGACAGUAUAUGUGAAGAACAACCAAUUGGACGUGCACUUUUCAAAAACUUUUGUUCGACAAAUGAAGACUACCACACAGCUAUCAAUUUCUUGGAUGCAGUUAACGAUUAUGAAGUGGCUCAACCAGAGGACAGACCAAGUCUCGGCAAUGAAAUUUUCCUCAAAUAUCUCUAUGCAGAUUCCCCUGAGAGGCUCUCCCAGAUCACUACAGAGGAGAUGACGUCAUGCCAGGAGGCCCUCCAAAACUCCCCUAGCAAAGAAAUCUUCACCGAUUGCAGGACAGCGGUGAGAGAAUACCUGACGGGAGAACCUUUCACAGAAUUCCAAAACAGUAUGUUCUUUGACAGAUUAUUACAGUGGAAAUGGUUAGAAGGCCAAGCUGUGACCAAGAAUACGUUCCGACAGUACAGAGUUUUGGGCAAGGGCGGCUUCGGCGAGGUAUGUGCAUGCCAAGUGCGGGCGACAGGCAAGAUGUACGCCUGCAAGAAACUAGAGAAGAAGAGAAUAAAGAAACGGAAGGGGGAGGUCAUGGCCCUGAAUGAGAAGUUGUUACUGCAGAAAGUCAACAGCAGAUUUGUGGUCAGCCUGGCCUAUGCCUACGAGACCCGCGAUGCCCUGUGUUUGGUGCUGACAAUCAUGAACGGUGGGGAUCUGAAGUUUCACAUCCACAAUCUGGGCGCGCCGGGCUUUGAAGAGGAACGAGCGCGCUUCUACGCCGCCGAGAUCACCUGCGGACUGGAACACCUUCACCAACACCAUUUUGUCUACAGGGAUAUGAAGCCUGAGAAUAUCUUACUGGAUGACCACGGUCAUGUAAGAAUUUCUGAUUUGGGAUUGGCUGUUGAAAUUCCGGAGGGAGAAUCCAUUCGAGGCAGGGUAGGAACAGUUGGGUACAUGGCUCCUGAAGUCGUCAAGAAUGAGAGGUAUACAUACAGUCCUGACUACUGGGGUCUGGGAUGCAUCAUCUAUGAAAUGAUUGAAGGAAGGGCCCCCUUCCGAGCAAGGAAAGAGAAAGUGAAGAGAGAAGAAGUGGACAGGAGGGUCAAAGAAGACGAAGAAAAGUACACGUCCAAAUUCAGCGAAGACGCAAAAGUCAUAUGCAGAAAGUUGCUCCAGAAAGAGGUGGAGAGUAGGCUGGGGUUCCGCAACAACUCGGCCCAAGACAUCAAAGACGAACCUUUCUUUUCCAGCAUCCUCUUUCCACGUCUGGAAGCUGGCAAGGUGGACCCACCAUUUGUGCCCGACCCCAAAGCAGUGUAUGCCAAAGAUGUACUGGAUAUUGAGCAGUUCUCCACAGUAAAAGGCGUCAACUUGGACCAGAAUGACGACAAAUUCUACAGCAAAUUCAACUCGGGCUGCGUGACCAUUCCCUGGCAAAACGAGAUGGUAGAGACAGAGGUCUAUAAAGAGUUAAACUACUUUGGGCCCAACAUGACGAGGACACCAGACCUGCUGAUGGAUCAGCCGCCCCCGCCCCCAAGGGAAGGAUUCUUUAGAAGAAUUUUUAAAUUAAAGUGCCCUUGUUCCUCAUCUGGGGCAGAUCAGGAGUGAUGUGUCAUCCAUAGAGUGAGUCAAGAGGAGUGAGAACCACUGACACGGAAUACCAGCAAAUGGGGAACCCAGUUUGACCAAUCAGAGGAGACUAUUUGGACGAAGUGAAUGAGCUGGAUGAACGACCAAUCGAAAUUGACCGACCCCAACAACAGACUGAUGAGUACUGCUCAUUUUGUUACCAUGGCGACGUAAAAGGGAAACUGUAACAAAAGCAAAAUUUGAAGAAAAAAAAUGAAUAAUUAAACAGAAAAAAAAAUGGAAACUGACUUUAUUUGAAGCCUUGUUACAGUUACCUGUCAUGACCGUACUGAAAAAAAAAAACGUAAAAAAAAACAAUGACAACCAAAAAAAAAAAAUCAUGUAAAAAUCUUUUUCCAGAAACUAGAUGUAAAGAAAAGCAUAGAAAAAAAAACUAAAACAAAAAAAUGGUGGUUUGUUUUAGAACAUACAUGUAAAGUCUGUACAAAGAAAUCUUGCCACGGCAUUUUGGGUUUAUAUGUGUAUUUGUUGCAAAAGAAGUUUUGCAUCCAAAAAAAAAAAAACUGAAAAAAAAGUAGUGGCAGUCACAAUAUCAUGGGUGUUAUAUAUAUGCAUAUGUACAAGAUAUAAAAAGAAUCCCUACGGACGCAUAUUGAAACAUGAUAAAAAUAUUUAUAGCUAGUAGAUUUAAGAUAAGUUUGAGGGUUUUAGGAAACGGAUUUCUCUGUGGUCAGUCUAGUCACAAGAUAGUUUUUUCUUUCUUUACUGGAAUUCCGUAAUUGUCCACAAAUGUUACACUGUAUCUUUUGCAAGAUCACUAGAUGUCAAAGGUUUUUUUUUUUUAAUUGAACUGGUAUCUAAACUGUCGGUGUUUACAUUGGAAAAACAAAAGUGCCCGUAUUUUGAAAUGUCUUGUGAUUAUUUAGCGUAACUAAGCUGUUGUUCACGAAUGCAGCAGUUCAGUCAGUAAUUCACAAAAGCACGUUCUACACAAAGAAGUUUGAUUGUAAUCAUUUGCAGCUGUGGCACUAUACUGCUUUAAAUGGGCAGGGAUGUUGUAUAAACUCUUAGAAUCAAAGCUUGCACAACGAAAAGGCAUUAUCUAAAUCCAAAAUGCUGCCCAAGUUCAAUUCCCAGGUGAAAAUUCCAGGUGAAACCAGUUCAACUGAUACCAGUUGAACAGGAAAUUGGUGAAUGGUUUUAAACUGGCUUUAACUGGUUUUGAAAUUGGUUAUACAAUUUUGUACCAGUUCAAAACCAGUUAAACCAGUUCAUAACCAGUCACUUAUUACAGUUCAACUAGAACCAGUUGAAACCAAUCCAGUAGAAACCAGUUGAAACCAGUUGAAACCGGCUGAACCGGUUUCAACUGGACUUUUGACCAGGGAAUGUAGCUUGAUAUCUGCCGAGAAUGUACAGAGACUCACCCGCCACUUUUGUGCAUUCAUGUUUCCUGCCGUUCCGUAAACUCCAUGAACCAGUACAUUAGUGACAUUAUUCCUCAUCCGAGUUUGCAUUCAUUGCUGCCGAUCAUGUACAUGUGCACAUAAAUGAGACGUUAUAGGAACGUGCAAGAAUGGUUCUGUACAAAAAGAUGGAAACCAUUUAUUCGGACAAAUGAACUUUUUGAAAAAUAUAUGGAGGUGUUGGUUGGGAAUUACAUUGUGUAUGUAAUUCAGGAUGGAAAAAAACAAAUAAUGAUGGAGUCUGUGCUUAAAGAAGGAUAGUAUACAGACUGGGCAAGCUGAUAGGGGGCUCAAAAAGGGACGCAAUUUUGCGACCUUGAUAUUUUUUAUUGCGGGGAUGGGACACCACAACAUGUACAAACCCCCAGAAGGAACAGAUUUCAUCUUGAUUUAACUUUUGAACCCGUGUAUAGUGUUUCAUACGCAUGUUUACAAAACUCUUGUAACAGUCUGAAAUAAUUGUGUUAAAAAGUUUACCUUGUUGGCUAUGCGCUACCAGCAUUACUGUAGAUUUGGUAGUCCUAAGGGGGGGGGGGGGGCCAAGGGAGAACAAGAAGUAGCAAAUCCUCCUUGACAAUACACGUAAAAAAAAACAACACUUUUUGCCUUUGAAUAUUUUUUGGCCACUUUAUUAUAUUUGGUUUCAGAAGUUAUGAUGGGAAGUACCGGGAACUAGGCUUGCAUGGUUGGUUGAUAGUCAGCCAGUCAGUUGGUCUGUCAGUGAUCUCAGUUUGUCUUAGUCAGUGACUCAGUCAGUCGGUCAGUGACUCAGAAGAAAAUAGAUUCUCACUUGGGGUCCAAUAAAAAAACCACCUUCAAUUGAAACUAGGCUCUUUGUGAUUUUAGAUUCAAAGAAAUGUUUGGACAAAUAUUUAUAGUUUCUGUGCUUCUUUUGCUGCACCCAAAAGAGGAAAACUCAGAGAUGUUAUGUUGCUUUUGUAACUUGUAAAAAUUAUAUCCAGAGAUUGCUACGUUGUCUUGUUCCUGCUACAAAUCAAAGGCAUGGCUAAUACCCCCCUUUCUUUUGGCCAACCACCUCAAGAUUUCCUGACUCAUGUAUUAUAAGUAAUCUAGCGCAUUUAUUUUAUUUUUAUACAGUUUUAGAAACAAGUAAAAUACAGUAAAAUAUCCUGAUUGUUUUUUUGGGGGAGGGCGGGGUUUCAAGUGGUAGAGUAAUUGUUUUAACCAUAAGGGCUGUAUAGUAAUUUGGUGUGGGUUGGUUGCAAUGUGUAUGAUAUCUUUUAAGAGGGCAAAUUUAUUUUUUGUUUUUGUUUACUUGGAAGGUGAUCGCUGCUCUUGUUUACUCAGUUUUCCUGCUGCAAGAUGAAGGGUUUUGAGCGUCCAGCAUGCAUUUGUUUACCCAGUACUCUGUUAUCAUUGACUUCAUAUAGUUUAGGAAUCAUAAAAUAAAAACUCAAGAUGAGUUGAUCAGGGCCGACACUUGCAUUGUCUUAAACCCAAGAUGUGACUCGCGUGACUAGAGUUGUGACAUGCUAACUUGUUUUGUGAGUGUGACUCGUGUUACCGUUCAUGCAACAGGUUGUGCUUUGUAAUGAACUUGGAGCUGCUGUGUUGAAUUUCAGUUCUGAAGCAUUGCUCGAAUGGGAAUGUCAAUUCCUGAGUUAGAACUUACAACUUGGAGUGGAAAUUUUGCGAGGUGUGACACGUUACCGUCAACACUAGUGACUUCUGUUGUGUGGUUUUGGGUUGCAGAGUUCCUGUUGUAAUGUUACGGCGGUAACAAUAUAUGAAUGGACAAUUCUGAAGGAAAUGAAUUGACAAUGCUGAAGGAAAUGAAUUGACAAUUCUGAGGAAAAUGAAUUGACAAUUAUGAAGGAAAUGAGGGUACUUAGCAUCGCCUAGUGGUGGGUCUGCCGCCUGCAUGUCCAAUACAGUGCACAGGUGAUGCACGUUUGUGUAUAGAGCCCUGCAUUACAUGCAAUGUAGUUAAGUAUUGGAGUAGGUUUGGAUUGGAAGUUGGCAAUGAGAGCUUUGCGCCUUCUGAAUGGAACAUGUAAGAAUUAACUUUGAUCAUUGUACAAAAAGACGAGCUAUCCAAGUGUGGGUUUCACUAAAAAAAAAAAAUAUCAGUUUUAUUUUUUCAGAUGUUGCAGAUUUAUUUAAAUGUGUUGUCUUUCAGUGUUUUAAUGGCGUUUCUUGUACAGGAUUUGGUGCAUACAUAAAAAUCCAUACACGUAAAAGCUUGGGAUUUUUAAAGAACAUGUAUAAUUUUGAUAUUUAACUCAGUUUGUUUUGUCUUUGUUUUGGUUGGAAAUUGCAUUUAUCCCACUGAAUGUUAAUCUUAAAAUUUUACUGAUUUAACGAGGAUGCACAUACAGUCCUGUAGUUUGAGGUGACAACUAGAUAGAACUGGUUUGGGCCAGCUUGGACUAGCUUGGACUAGCGAACUUCUCAAUGUUCUGGCCUUUUUGUAAUUAGACAAGUGAACAGUACAACUUAAUAUGUGAAUUGUAAUGCAGCCAAAUGUGUAAUUAAUGGAGCACGUUGUGGGAUUGGGCCAAGUACAUGUACUCGUACAAACGAUUAGGUUACAAGUAGACCGUAGUCUGUCACUGUCUCGGCAUUUUUAAACGAUUUUUAAAUUGAAAAAACCUUGACUUCUUUUACUGAAUGUUUAAAUGGCACCAGUUUUGAAGAAGUUCAUUGUCAUGUGUACGUUUUUCCUCGAUUGUAAAUAUACAAAAUUAUUUUGAAAAAAAAAGAAAACCCAAUUAAAUCAACCACAAAAUAGUUCUUGGACCUAUAUUGGGUAAAUUGGUGAAAUACAGGUCUUUUUGUAAAUACAUAUCCCAAGAUAAUUUCUAUAUGGUAAGUUAUAUACAUGUAAUUGUCAAUAGAAUAGUUGCUGAACUUACGGUCUGGAAUUUUUGUUCUGCAAAAUCUGUUGGUCAUGAUUUAAGUUGGGCCUACCACGAUAAAUGGUUAAAAAAUACUACUUUGAAAAGGCACAGUAGGACAGUGGCCCAUCACUGUAAGUGGUUUUGAUUUUCUUUAAAGGGUUGUCAAAUUAUUACAAGAAAAAAAAAAAGAAUGCAACUUUACGAUUUCACAAACAUAAUUAAGUACUUUUGUGUGUUUACUCGUUAUGAAGUGACGUUUAAGAUUCACAGUCCUAACUUUGUAGUCUUUUUACCGUAACUGUUAGGGUACAGUAUAUUGCAUGUCUGGACUUUUAAUGACGCACCACUUACCAACUUGACUGUCUGUAUUUACAAAGCAAAUAGUUCAUUCACGUUCUCCUGAGACGUUAUAAGUCACAGUGCAAGCUGGUAGAGACUUCUCAGGCUGCAUUUUUGUCACUUUUUGGGUUGACUCUGUGAAAAAAAGGCACUAUCUUGUGAGUAAGUAAUGUGGGAAAAUUCCGCCAUGAAUGUUUCCUUGCCUCAAUGCUGUUAUAUUUGAUUCUGUAGUGUUUAAGUCCACCAUUUGUGAUGUCCCAACCAAACAACUACUAGAAGUCUAGUGGGUGUAGUUUUUCACACACACACAAAAAGAAGAGAUUUUUACCAUUUUUGAGCAGGAAGCAGACUAUUUAAUUGCCGAAAUUACUCGCAGGUACCUCUGAUAAAAUAGACUGUAAUGUUUCUUAUUUUGAGGCACUAAAUUUUGACUUUUUUUUCUCUUCAAAAUGUAAGUGUUUGGGUAAUCUUAAGUCCAAUUUGUUGACACAUUGGUAUAGCAACAAAUGAAGGAUUUUCAGUACUGUCAGCUCAAGGUAAAUUAUCACAGAAAAAUUGUCGCUAAAAAUAUAAAGAAAUUAUGAAAAAUGUAUUUUAGUUGUUUGCUAAUUUACAAAUAAACCUUGAACUUUGUUGUCUCUUUUUUAUUUUA